GGCUGUAUCCUCCGUCGUCACCUCCCUGCCGUCUCUGCCAGUGCCCCCCUCACCUCCACCUUCAGCUAGUGUUCCACCCCCUAAACCUAUUUUCCACACUGCCUGUGCCCCCCCCUCCCCCCAACCUGAGCAAAGAACGUUUCCCACCAUCAGCCAGCGUCUCCCAACCUAAUGCGGAGACCUCUCUCUCUCCGAGCCAACGUCUCCGACCCCGAGCCAGUGCCCCCACCACCCCCGCCCCAGUGUCUCCCACCCUAAGCCAGUGCCUCCCCAGGCCCCCGGGAGGGGUCGCAGUUGACAGGAAGCGCCGCGCUGCCAUGUUGCCGAGCCUCCCGCGGCGCCAGGGCCCGGCGGCUGUGAGGGGAACAAAAGCAGCGCGGAGCGCACCCCGGCCUUCGUUGCGCGGCCUUCCCUCACUCGGCUCGGAGGCAGGCGGAGCUUUGCACCGCGCGCUCCUUUUCAAAUCCACCUGGUUUUAAACCGUGUUGUUCAGAGGCGGAGUUUGAGGGGGGGCCGGUUUUUCCCCCCGGUCGCGGCUCCCAGUCGGCGGCGAUGGAAAGGGCUGCCGAGCCGUCCUGGAACAGCUACACCUACCAGGUGAGCCAGCACAGCGCCGACAUGUUGAAGAAACUCAACGGGCAGAGGAAGAACGGCGGCCGCUUCUGCGAUGUGGUGCUGCGGGUGGGCGAUGAGAGCUUCCCGGCUCACAAGGCCGUGCUGGCCGCCUGUAGCGACUACUUCGAGUCGGUGUUCGGCGCGAUGGUGGACGAGGCCCAAGGCCGCGAGCUGGAGAUGCACACCAUCAGCGCCAAGGUCUUCAGGGACAUCCUGGACUUCGCCUACACCUCCCGCAUCGUGGUGAGACUCGAGAGCUUCCCCGAGCUCAUGACGGCCGCCAAGUUUCUGCUCAUGAGGUCGGUCAUCGAGAUUUGCCAGGAGGUAAUCAAACAGUCCAACGUCCAGAUUAUGGUGCCACCAGCCAGGGGAGACAUGAUGGUAUUCCGCCCUGCCAAUGUGGACUUCAGCUUUGCCCUGGACUUGGCUGCCGCUGCUUGUGCCAAUGGCAACUUUAUAGGGGAAAAUGGACACCUGCAGGGCGCUGGUGAUGUCAAGGUAGGUAGCCCAGGUGCCCCAGCUCCUGCCCUUCCGCCCCUGCAGGGUUCUUUACCUAUGAUGGAUGGCUUGAUGACUUCGCCUGCAGCACCGACCCUGGUGGCUGGUCAAUUCCAGGCUCCAGUGAACUCAAUGAGCCCUGACCAUGGCAAGCUGAUCAAGAGGGGGCGAGGACGGCCUCGGAAGGCUCCUCUGUUUGACCUACCACUGCUCACGGCACCAUUAGCCAUGAGGGAUGAGGGUUUUUACCCCUGCAGCUUCUGUGGGAAAGUGUUCAAGAAUUCUAACCGCCUCCUGCUCCAUGAGGCGCAGCACACGGGGUUGAACGUGGAACUGGGGUCGGGGGAGAAUCAGCUUCCAGGACUCGGGGACAAUCUGCUGGCCUCUUCGAGCAGCCUUGACAGUCCCCGUAAGAGAGGCAGAAUGAGGAAAAAUGUGGCCUGUGAGCUCUGCGGUAAAGCUUUUAGGGAUGUUUACCACUUGAAUCGCCAUAAGCUCUCGCAUUCAGGGGAAAAACCAUUUGAAUGUCCCAUCUGUCACCAGCGUUUCAAACGGAAGGACCGGAUGACCUAUCAUAUUCGGUCUCACGACGGAGCAGUGGGAAAACCGUACAUUUGCAUCAGCUGCGGAAAGGGCUUUUCAAGACCUGAUCACUUGAAUGGCCACAUCAAACAAGUGCACACUGCAGAGAGACCCUUUAAAUGUCAGACUUGUGAAGCUUCCUUCGCUACCAAAGACCGUCUGCGCUCUCACUUGACAUGUCAUGAGGAGAAAGUUCCCUGUCAGGUGUGCGGGAAAUACUUGCGUGCAGCUUACAUGACCGAUCAUAUCAAAAAGCACAAUGAAGGGCCAAAUAACAUCUGCAACAUCUGUAAUAAAGGUUUUUCUACUGCUUCCUACUUAAGGGUCCAUAUUAAAACCCACCAUGGUGUCCCUCUUCCCACCUCGCACACUUCUGACCCUUGUGACAGGCGGUGCAAGCCCCAGACUCAGAUCAUGAUUCACAAGCAAACACAGAGCGGGGAGAUGGCUUUUCACUUUGACAGAACACGCUCGUUACAAGAUGGUGAGAUGGAUGGGAUGAAGUGCCCGCAUCAGGACUCGCAGGAUAACUCUGACUCCUUUGGAGAUCUCUCAGAUAUCAGUGACCUCAAGUCUCCCUUGAAACAUGACCAGGAUGAGUCCUUUCAGUGUGACCUUAACAAUGGAAAAGUUAAAGUCGAAUCCAACGCUGAACUAUAUGCAGAACCGAAGAAGUACACCUGCCCAGACUGCGGCUCUGUGUUUAAAUCCAAGUCCUACCUGAAUAAGCAUAUGUUGAAGGCCCAUGUCAAACCCAGCGAGGGGCAACUGAAUGACUUGUCCACUAGCCUAAGCUCACCCUUUUCACCCCAUCAGAACAUGUCUCUCUUGGAGUCAUUUGGAUUUCAGAUUGUGCAGAAUGCAUUCGGCGCAACUUUGGUAGAUCCUGAUCCUGAUCCUGGUCCUUGUUCAGAUCAAGAACCCAAGCAGAGCACUGAUAUCUCCGCUGACCAAAAGUCAGAUCUUGUUUAGGGGAGGCUCCGCAAAGUACAAAACAUGGUCAAAGCUGGGAGGCAGUGAUCGGAAUGACCACAAGUUUUUUUUAAUAAGACAUCCAAAACAAAAGAAUGUGGCUUGGGAUGGGAUGAAACUUGCAGGCAGUGUGGUCUGUACCAUCAUGGCCAUCUGAUAUUUUAUACUUCAGAACAUUGCCUUGGGCAAAAGAUGAUUCCUUGCGCAGUAGGUAUCAGUUGUCCCAAAUCUUGGACGCAGCAGGUGUAUUUGAACCACAUCCAAUAUGUGAAUUGGGGGUUGGCUCCUGCAGCUGAAUUUUCCAUUUGACUGCUUCUAAUCAGAAUAUUACAGUGCUAUACUCCUAUGCCAGCUAGUAUGUGUCUGUCCAAUGAAAUUUGUUCAAAAUAAGUUAAUUACACAAUAAUGUCAUUUUUUAAAUUUAAAAAGGACAUUAUGGAAUGAAUUAGAUAAGUUUUAAAAUAGUUUUACUAAUAAACAGUGAUUAUGUAAAAAAAGUAAUUGUAAUUUCAAAUCCCAGAAGGAGCAUCUCUCGCUGAAGCAAUGGAUUCUUGUUGGGAUCCCCCUUUGCAAAGACUUAGAUGCACAACAAGCAGAAUUAUUUGAAUGCUCUAAUCAUUGGAGAGUAAAAAAAUCAGAGUCAGCCAUGGAUUAGCCUGUAUAGUAAGAGACGGUCUAUUACAAGUUUAUUCUCAUUGGGUAGCAUUUGUGCAGAGAGAAAAAAAAACAAAGUUAAUGUUUUGGUCUGAUAAAAGGUAUUUAUCCGGAGGCUUUAACUCUUUUUUCUGUGUCUGUGGAUAUUGCCUUAUUCAUUCAGUGUUUCCAUCAUUUCUUGUUUUUAUUUCAGAUUUUCAACAUCUUCAGUAUUUUGCUUAAGGAUAGUCUACUACAGUUUCUUUAUAUUUUAAAAAUAAUUCUCAAAAUCCAAACAUCUCUGGCAGGGUUUUCAACAGAUUGCCACGUGUCUGUAUCCAAUUUGGUAUUUGUGGCUAAGUUGUGGAAAAAUGUAUUUAGAUGAGAAGAGAAAAUAUUUGUAAAUGUAUUUACAAGUGCAUCCACACAAAAAGCCAGAAUUAUGCUGACUUAACUACAGAGUAUGCUCUCAACUUUUCAAAAUGAAAGCAGUCAUUAUAGUCAUUACUACUGAGGCAGAGAGAACUUGUGAUCUUUCACCAUCAUGCUACAAUGAUCUAAGGUCCAGGCUUUUAGAAAUUUAAUCCCUUUUGAGCAUAUCAGUGCAAAUUUUCACUGAAGUGUUUUAACGCACAAAAUCUCUUCGUUCUAAUUCAGUUUUUAAUGAAACCGUUUUAAGUUACCUGAGAUUUCAUUCUUGCGUCAUUUUCCUGUGCAUUUUUACCACUGUGGUGAUCUCUUUUGAUACCAGACACCAGCAGGCUGCCAGUCAUCUCUUCAGAGUAGUGAAUGACUGUGCAUUUCGAGGGGAUGAAAGCAUUCUGUUGGAAAUGUUAUAAUAAUUAAAGUAAUUGGUUAAAAAAAAAAAGAAGCUUGGGUGGAAACUAGAGCUUUCUGUCUCAGUAAAGGGAAGCCUGACGUUUGGUAAUGGAAACUUUGAAAUAUAUUGAAUAAAAGUGUUUGAGAGGG